AUGGAUUCCCCCUACUCGCCAUACACCGCCACCAUGUUCCAACAUCUGACUCCGAAGUCGGUCUCAACGAUGCAUCAAACGAACACGACCAUUAUACCUGCCGCCAUCUCUACAAAACCCCUGCCCCUCUCAGAUGAACUGUCAUUUGCUGACUUGGAGCCUUUGUUGAAUAGUAACCAGCGAACGAGAAACCAGUUUCGCCCGCGCGUGGGCAAGGGAGGAUCGGCCAGUUAUCAACUGCGACAGUAUGCUGAGGUGACACUGGGCGGCGGCAGCCUGCGCAAGGUUGUCAAGCUCCCAGAGGGCGAGGACGAGAACGAGUGGUUAGCUGUCAACAUGGUGGAUUUCUACAACCAGAUCAACCUUCUCUACGGAGCCAUCACCGAGUUCUGCUCACCGAUUUCAUGCCCUGAGAUGAAAGCCACCGACGAGUUCGAGUAUCUGUGGCAAGACAACGAGAACUUCAAACGACCAACCAAGAUGCCUGCGCCAGCAUACAUUGAACAACUCAUGACAUGGGUGCAGGCCAAUAUUGACAACGAACAAGUACUGCCCAGCAAAAUUGGCGUCCCCUUCCCCAAGUCUUUCCCAGCACUGGUCCGCCAAAUCUUCAAGCGCAUGUACCGUGUCUACGCCCACAUUUACUGCCACCACUACCCCGUAAUCCGCGAGCUCGGUCUCGAGCCGCACCUGAAUACAAGUUUCAAGCAGUACGUCCUGUUCGUCGACGAGCACAGCUUGGCGAGCGGAAGGGACUACUGGGGUCCUCUGGGCGACCUGGUGGAUAGCAUGCUCAAGAGCGACUAG